AUGGUGUCAGCACGCUUUAGCAAGGAUGAUGCUCAGAAUUUCUCUAUACACGCAAGUGCAUUGGGAAAUCCGGAGUUUCGAGCUCCGACACCGAACGAAAAGAAGUUAUGUCGUUGCUUACGCCAAGGAAUCGAAGAUCAGGCGUGCUGGACACGUCAUGCUGCAAGUGUGAUGACCGCUGGACCAGGGCGGCAAAAGGUCAGGGAUCACAUGCUGUCUGGUGAGGAUAAAGGACGACUUGAAAAGAAUGUUGGACCUCAUGACAAGUGCAAGAGUCUAUUGAAACAAAUGCAAGCUGCUGAAUAA